GCUCUUCUCCGUUUCCUCCGUUUUCUCCGUUCGUCUUCCUCCGCUUCCGAAGAGACAAGGUGAGAGAGGAGGGUUUAAGCCGAGAGAGAGAGGACGCGAAGGCGACGAUGGCGUGGAGGGGGCUAGCGAGGGAUGCGGCGGCGGCGUAUCUCCGGCGGGGCGGCGCUCCCGCGCACGUCUUCUCCGCGGCCUCCCGCGCUCCGGGCCCCGUUGUCGCCAACCCUGGCGGUGAGCUCCGCGCGUUCGGGUUGUUCCGGUCGCCGAUGGCCAGGCGCGCCGAUGCCUUCGAGGUCCCUUCGGCUGCUGGGAGGCACGGGGCGCAGGGCGUGUGGUCGCGCAGCUCGGUUCCGGCGUUGGUUCGGGCUGGUGCCCCCAACUCCAGAGCUCUCCCUUUCCUCGUGGGGAGAGUGGUUCGUGGAUUCUAUCCGCAGCUGUCAGGUCACAAGCUGGUAAAGGGACUUGGGAUGGGCUCCACCCUUGCUGCGACGUUUUGUUCACAGAAGGUUGCAUAUGCUGAAGAAGUUGCUGAACAGCCAUCAGAAGGCCUCAUCGGCCCCUCAACAAAACAUCAGAUUAGCAAAUUAUGGACUAUAAUCAGGAAAUAUCAGCUGCCUGUUGGUUUGAUUGCUUUGAUCGCACUUGGUUGGCAGAAUCCAUUGGGUCUUUUCAUCAACGUUUUGCUUAUUCUCUACAGUUCUAGGCCUAGCCCAUAUUCAAUAUACUUGUUUCUUCAGGAGGUUCGUCAUGGAGAGAUGCAUCAAAAUCGUGCAUUUUGGAAGGAGGAGGCUGUGCUUACAAGGAAAGUUGAUACUAAAGAUUACAAGCUCUUUUCCAUUGGAACAGUUGAAUCAGCAGACAGAGAAGUACUGCACGUCAUUGGGAUUCUGGGCAACUGGUGGAUCUAUCGUGCAUCGUAUGGGAAGUGAGAGGGGUUGGUAUAGCAUCUCAUAUUCUGAGGAGCGUUUAACCAACUAGUGUGCAAACAUCAGAAUGUUGACAGUAGAUAACUAGAAUAUAGGCAGUUUCAUUAGGCAACUAUGGCACUAGAUAUUUUAAAAGCGAUGGUGUUCAAUGUAAUUCUAAAAUACCAUCAGGGUUGAAAACAGGUCAUUCUCAAGGGGGUUGUACUGGAAGGAGUUUCCACAUCUGACUUUGUAAGUUCAUUUGAAAUAUCUUAUUCUCUUGGUCCAAGAAGACUGUUUCUUGGAUGCAUGAGUUAAGCUGAGAGUGAAGAACCGUAGGUCGUUGCUCUUGAAAAAAUGAAUUAAGCUGAGAAUGCUGCAGUUCAUUGCCGAUGGUGAACUGAAACUACAAUCAUGUUGCAUUUCAGUUCUCUGCAGUUGCUUCUCUAAUUUCACUGGCUCUUCUAUAUCAUGUUGUUAUGAUGGACAGGGUGUGCUUCCAUCACCCAGCUUAUUUUGUUUGUCCUGUUUGUGCAUAAUUCUAACAUGCUGCCAAUUUAUGCCAAGAAUAUUAGAGUAACCAAAUAUUGAAUUCAUUAUAUUUCUCUUUUCAUAUGUACAGGAAGCAUUUCAUUCUGUCUUGUCUCUGGUUACAUGGCUUUUGAGAUGCUCCUCCUUUUGGUCAAAAUCAGUAUCCAUCACGAAUGUUCUCUUGCCCAUUAACUAUGGGCUGUGGCAUGCAGAAGAUGGUUCUUUUUCUUCAGUAUCCUGAGGGACUAGAAUCUGCGACUACAGUGUCAGUGGAUGAAAGAAUGGAAUAAAUUUCUUUUUUACUCUUCACACCUUUUGCUUGGCAUCAUGAUCUUGAUCUCGUGUGUGCUUUGGUACUCAUCAGCUUCAUGGCAGCUUCAGGUUUCCUGGGAGAUAAAGUGAUGCUACGGAAUCAGGUGAAGCAACAGGGAAGGAUGGUCAUUGGUUCAACCGUGGGAAUGGAAUUUUAGAAAAAAAUAAGGUCCAAGGUAUUUCGGUAUCUAUUUAAGGACCUGACCAAUAGCUCCAUACCAUAGCUGAAACUUCAUUGCUGUUCCUAAUACUGGUUAGGGAACAGAACCUGUUUGUGAUGGGUGGGAGGAAGAUUGGAGUUGCUGUGGACUUCUCGUCAUGCAGCAAAGCAGCUCUGCGAUGGGCAUCAACCAAUCUUACCAGGAGCGGUGAUCAGCUUGUACUUAUCCAUGUCAAUAGUUCCUAUCAUAAUGAGCAAGGUGCAGUUCAACUGUGGGAACAGAGUGGUUCACCGCUCAUCCCUCUGGCAGAGUUCUCAGAUCCCCAUGUCGCCAAGACAUAUGCUGUGUCACCCGACAAGGAAACACUAGAAAUCCUGAAUCAAAUGUCGAAUCAGAGAGGGGUUGAAGUCCUUGCAAAGAUACUCUACGGUGACCCUGCAAAGAAGCUGUAUGAAGCAGUUGACCUGGUUCCCCUCAACUGCUUGGUGGUUGGAAACAGAGGGCUAAGCACACUCAAGAGGGCUCUGAUGGGAAGCGUCAGCUCCUACAUCGUGAAUAACGCGACCUGCCCAGUUACGGUCGUCAAGGAGAACAUAUAGCUCCUCAGUAGUUAACUGCUCUGAUAGGAAGCAGUAAACUGCAAGAACAGACAGCAUCAGUAUCUAAGUAUCUAACAUAUACAACAGUAUAGCAGAUUGAAUAAAUUGUGCUUGACAUGCACUGGCAGUCACUCAGCUCAGCUGCCCUUGCCUCUUUACCUGGAAAGAUCUUUCUUGAUGUAAACCGUUCAGUAUUUAUUAUGCAUGUAAUAAUAUAAGCGGGAACCAUACGUGUGUUUCAGUAUAUCGUAUUCUUGUUGUCAAGGGCUGUAUCCUGUAUGCUAUCCGUUCUCUUUUUAGUUAAUGAAAUGCUCCACGACAUUCACACUA